UUCGACCCCAAAUGGGGUCCCGACCCACAGGUUGAGAACCACUGCUCUAGCAACAUCUUCUGGCUAGAAAAAAAUGAAACAUAGUUGGGAAAGACCAGGUCUACCUGAGAAGGUCCAAUUAAACUGAUUUAUUGCUAAAAAGCCUACACACAGAAAUCUUCUCAGCUAACGGUUAGUACCUGCUUGGAAUUAUAUCAAAGGGUCAAAGGAAUUCAAGGGCUGGACUUAGUCAAUUUGUGGCUAUGUAGGGAUUCUAGGCUGAUCCCUCUUUUACAUCCGUCCCCAGGUUCUGCUAUUCCUCCUCCUAUUACGGACCUACUACGCAUCACAACAGGGACAUUUAAGUAAAGACUUUCUGGUGUUGCAAGCUGUCCAAAGUAAUUGGACAGUGAGAUGGACAGCAUAUAGUUUUUUUUUUUUUACUUACUUACAACCAUCCAUUUAGUGAGUGUUUGAAGUUACACAGCACUGAAAAAAGUGACUUAUGAACAUAAUCACACAUAUGACCCUUACAACAUCUUCACGACCAAGUGAUCAAAUUUUGGAUCUUUGGCAAUUGGCAUGUAUUUUUGACGGCUGCAGCGUCCCAGAGUCCGGUGAUCACCUUAAGCAAUUCACUUAACAACUGGCAAAAACGGUAGGAAAACGAAGCAAAACUCACUGAACAACUGUCUUGCUUUAGCAAACGGAAAUUUUGGUCUCAACCGGGGUCGUAAGCCGAGGAGUACCUAUAUAAAUUUAACAAACAAACAAGCAUUUCGGGUAUCGAAGGAAAACGUUCGGGAAUAGCUGCAUUAAGGUCGGAAUUCCUCCCUUUUUUCUAGACGGGACGCGGGCAGGUAGGAUUCCACGAGCCUCCUUGGCGACCCUCGAGGCAGCAACGCAAAAGAAAGCGCGGGAAGAGCGCAGCGUCCUUCCUCCCUCCAGCCUCAGGACGACUCUGGGACCCCCGACUCAAAAUCUCGGGACCCUUCGACGUCGGCGUCGGCGGCGUCCAGGCAGGAGGCGGGGCUUGGCUCGGGGCUUGGCCAUUGGCAAGCCGAGCCGCGUUGAAAGCGCCACGUGCAAUGGAAAGUCCUCUCUCGGCGGCGCUCCCGGGCAAGAGGAGAAGGCGGGAGGUCUUCCCAGCCCCCGCUCCGUCGCGCGGGUCAGGUUGCCGGCCUGGCUGUCACUCAGAGGAGGUCGUCCGGGAGCACGCGCGGGCCUCCCCGUCUGUCUCCCUCCCCUGCCCUCCCCUUCCCGCGGCUCCCCUCAGCCUUGCAGCGGGAAAGCGGCGCCUCCUCCGCCCCCGGCCGUUUUGCCUUGCAUGGAGGCGACGCGUCCCGGCUCGGGCUCAGUGCGCUGCCGGGAGGACCAGCUGGCGGAGUGGCUCCUGCUCCCGCGGGGCUUCUGCUGAGAGGCCAGUCGGCUCGGCGGGAGGCGAGGAAGGAAAGAAGGUAACGAAGGAAAGAAGGAAGGAAGGAAGGAAGGAAGGAAAGAAAGAAAGAAAGAAAGAAAGAAAGAAAGAAAGAAAGAAAGAAAGAAAAAAAGAAAGAAAGAAAGAAAGAAAGAAAGAAAGAAAGAAAAAGACGCAGCGGGCUCCCUUCGCGUUCUGGAGGAGCAGCCGCGUCUGAAGGACCAACUCCCUCCCCCCCCGCUUUCUCGCCUCGCCGAGCUCUGGAACGGCCGGAAAGCGCGUGGCGACCCCCCGGAUGGAUUCUCUCUUCUUUUAUGUGGCGAUGCUCUCUUGGGUGGUGCCUCUGCGGUGCUGGGUAGCCUCGGGCAGGCAAGGCAGAGUCCAAGAGCUGCUCCUGUCUGGAAAGCUAAGUGAAUAUGAUGUGAUUGUGCCCUUCAGUGUAGAUCACCAGGGACGGUUCCUAUCACAUGUGGUGUCUGAUUCAUCGGCUCCUGCACAUCACUCAGGUCAACACAGGACGGUUCGUAGCACCCCUAUGAAACAAGCCAUCUCUGGGAAUCCAUUGUACUUCUUCAAUGUUAGUGUUCUGGGCAAGGAACUGCACCUUCGCUUGAAACCCAACCAGAAGCUGGUGUCUCCUGGUGCUUUGGCUGAGUGGCAAGAAGAUUUCCAAGAAGUUUUUCGGGAACCCUUGAAGCAGGAAUGCAUCUUCACAGGAGGCAUCACAGACAUGCCAGAGGCCACAGUGGCGAUCAGCAAUUGUGAUGGAUUGGCUGGCCUCAUUCGAACAGACAAUGGUGAAUUUUUCAUUGAGCCUCUGGAGAGAGGACAGUGGGAGAAAGAAGAGGAUGGGAGAGCUCAUGUAGUCUACCGCAGGUCUGCUAUUAGACAAGAGAGAACAGAAGCAUUCGAAGAUUAUCAUAAUGAAGAUUUCAUCUUGGGUCAGCUCUCCCAGGCUCUGAAUCUAAUUGAAGAUCAAAUGGGUGAAGCAGACAGGAAGAGGCGACAUGCAAAGAAGGAUGACUACAACAUAGAGGUCCUGUUGGCUGUGGAUGAUUCGGUUGUACGGUUCCAUGGGAAGGAGCAUGUCCAGAAUUAUGUUCUCACCCUUAUGAACAUAGUAAAUGAAAUUUACCAUGAUGAAUCCCUGGGAGUCCACAUAAAUGUUAUCCUUGUUAGAAUGAUCUUGGUGGGAUACAGACAGUCCAUCACUUUAAUAGAGCGAGGGAACCCUUCUCGAAGCUUGGAGCAGGUGUGUCGCUGGGCUCAUUCCCAACAGCGUUCAGAUCCUGCACAUGCUGAAUAUCACGAUCAUGCUGUAUUCCUCACCAGGCAAGAUUUUGGUCCUGCAGGUAUGCAAGGUUAUGCUCCCGUCACUGGCAUGUGCCACCCUCUGCGUAGCUGCACUCUGAACCAUGAGGAUGGGUUUUCUUCAGCCUUUGUAGUUGCUCAUGAGACAGGACACGUGUUAGGUAUGGAACACGAUGGCCAAGGUAACCAAUGUGCUGAUGAGACUGGCAUGGGCAGUAUUAUGGCACCACUAGUGCAGGCUGCAUUUCACCGUUAUCACUGGUCCCGAUGUAGCAAACAGGAGUUGAACCGUUAUAUACAUUCUUACGACUGUCUCUUAGAUGAUCCUUUUAUGCAGAACUGGCCCAGACUCCCAGAAUUGCCAGGAAUUGAUUACACUAUGGACGAGCAAUGCCGCUUUGACUUUGGUGUGGGAUACAAAACAUGCACAGCUUUCAGAACUUUUGACCCUUGCAAACAGCUGUGGUGCAGCCAUCCGGACAACCCUUAUUUCUGUAAAACGAAGAAAGGGCCACCUUUGGAUGGAACGGAGUGUGCUUCGGGUCAGUGGUGUUUCAAGGGUCACUGCAUCUGGAAGACUUCAGAACAACCUUACAGCCAGGAUGGCGGCUGGAGUUCCUGGUCCAAAUUUGGUUCCUGCUCCAGGACUUGUGGGGGUGGGGUGCGUUCCCGCAGCAGGAACUGCAACAGACCACCCCCAGCUUAUGGUGGACGUCAGUGUCCAGGUGCUACGUAUGAAUAUCAGGUCUGCAACGCUGAAGACUGCCAAGGUCCCUAUGAGGAUUUUCAUGCUCAGCAGUGUUCCAAGCGGAACUCUUAUUACAUCCAUGAAAGCUCUAAGCACACCUGGCUUCCUUAUGAGCACCCUGAUGAUGCCCAGAAAUGUGAACUAAUUUGCCAGUCUGAGGAAACUGGAGAUGUGGUAUUUAUGAAUCAGGUUGUUCACGAUGGUACCAGGUGCACCUACAGAGAUCCAUACAGUAUCUGUGUAAGGGGUGAAUGUGUGCAUGUUGGGUGCGACAGAGAAAUAGGUUCUCUGAAGGAGGAUGACAAGUGUGGUGUUUGCGGGGGUGACAAUUCCCAUUGUAGAACAGUGAAGGGGACUUUGGUCAAAACCCCCAAGCAGUCAGGGGGUGCUCUGAAAAUGUUUGAGAUUCCAGUAGGUGCCAGGCAUGUUCUAAUUGAGGAGAUGGAACCUGCAUCCCAUAUAAUUGCUGUUAAGAACCAAGACUCUGGUGACUUCCUUAUCAAGCCAAACAUCAAAAGUGUCAAGAACCAGACUUUUCUAAAGGUGGGUUUGGAAUGGGAAUACACCACUGAGAAUGGCAAGGAAAGCUUGAGGACUAGUGGUCCCCUUCAUCAAGCUAUCAAUGUUCUGGUCAUCCCACAAGAUGAUAGUUCCAAAAGCAGCUUGAUGUAUAAAUAUAUAAUUCAUGAAGAUCUUCUCCCUGUCAUCGGAAACAAUAAUGUCCUUCUUGAAGAAACAGAUACCUAUGAGUGGGCCCUUAAGGGCUGGUCUCCGUGCUCAAAAGCUUGUGGUGGAGGAAUACAAUACGCCAAGUAUGGAUGCCGGAGGAAGAGUGACAACCGAAUGUUACACCGCAACUUCUGUGGCAAUGGGAAGAAACCGAAGCCAAUCCGCAGAAGAUGUAACGUGCAAGAGUGCUCUCAACCAAUCUGGGGGACUGAGCAGUGGGGUGCCUGCAGCAAAUCCUGCGGCAAACUGGGGGUCCAGGUCAGAGUGGUGCAGUGUGUACAACAGCUGCAGAAUGGUACAAACCGGACUAUGCACUCAAAGAACUGCGCAGGAGAGAAACCAGAUACUCGGAGGUCUUGCAGCCGCAUCCCGUGUCCUGCUCAAUGGAGGACAGGGCCUUGGUCUCAGUGCUCAGUCAGCUGUGGAGAAGGCAUUCAACAACGCCAAGUGAUCUGCAAGUCCAAUGAUAACAGCAUUGGCCAGUGUGACAGUGAGAAGCCGGAGGCUUUCCAAGUUUGCCAACUGGAAGAAUGCCCAGGAAGGCCACCAAAUGUCACAGCAAAUGCAAACACCAGCAAUCACGUGACUCCGCAGGUUCAGUGGGUUUCAGAGGAGAGUGUCAAACAUCCUGUUAGCAAGGUAUCAUCAAAAGUGUCUUGCCUUGGGGACAAGUCUGUAUUCUGCCAAAUGGAAGUCCUGGCUCGAUACUGCUCCAUUCCCGGCUACAACAAGCUGUGCUGUGAAUCCUGCAGCAAAAAAGUUGCCACCACUCGGCCUCCUGGUGUUGACCGCACAGCCCCUGAGACUGAAGUACAGGAGGGAGGUGUCCUUUCCAGCCCUUUGCCACUGCUGCCUUUCUAUCCCACGGUUGCGAGUCAUCUGCAAAGGAUAAAGGCUACCACUUCAAAGGUGACAGAGGAGAUUCACCCCUUGCUCACCACGAUGACCAGUUUAACAGCCCACCGCUUAUGCCGUAUGACUACUCCCUGGCAUUGUCCCGAGAACAGAACCACAAGAGUUAGAAGAUCAGGUAGCCUGUCUUCUCUUUGCCAGCUGAGAGCUGGGAGGAUCACUGAGAACCUCCAGAUUAACUCAACACUGCAGUGGUUCCCUUUGAUGUUGGACAAAAUUUUAGCGGCAUCUCAGGAGGACAGCAAAUCCUCCCAUGUCUCUUCAGGUGUAGCAGAACGGAGAGGAGACAAUGGGAUGUCAGAACAGCCAGAUGCCUUUCCCAGGAACUCCUCCUCAACAUUGACAUGAGCAUGGCUAUUUUUUGCUAGAACUCUCUCUCUCUCUCCCUCUCUC